AUGGCGAUGUAUAUCCCGCCACUCGACUUCUCACACUCGCAGAACUCCUUCGUCACCACCAGGAAUGAGCAGGCUUCGGUACCCAGUGACGGAGACAGCGCCGUCAGUGAUGACACGAAUUUGAGUGGAAGCGUUCGUGAUGCGAGCACGGUCGCAGAGAGCAUGACGGCUGGUAACUCAACAUCAACGCACACUUCGACCGCUUCCACUUCAAGCCACACCGAGCCAGAAUAUAGUAUCUCGAAAGACCGGAGCCUGCACCGGGUCGGCAGCGGUGACCACCAGCGGAACAAGCUCGUAAGGCGGGCGGAGUCCAGCGCAUCUCAAGAUAGUUCCAGAGUCGUAUCUGCAAAGGGCACCGCAAGCUAUAGAUGCGACAUUCACGCCACCAGCGGCUCUAACCACAAGCGCAUUGAAAUUGCUUGCAAGAAGCUCGUUAUUGCGGCGGGCGGUAGCCUAAUUGAGCACUUCGCAUACCUAGGCGGUUUCCUCUACAGCCUGCCCACACAGACUCUGAACCCUCUUAGAGACGGCAUGGAGCUUACUGCGGGCGUCGUUAUCAAUGUCGCGCCGUGCACGCCGUUUCCAAAGUGGCCGUCCAAGCAGCGGAGGCCUGAACCAUACCGAGUGAACGCAAGUUCGCUGCCAAGUCAGUUGACGGCAGGCCUCAUCAUGGACCCGGAGACGUUGCGAGCUAGGUGUUGCGGCAACCGGAGCACCAAGAGUAAGACCGUGCUCUUCCUUAGCGGGCUGUUAAAGAGCCAUGAGAGGGUGAGCUAUGUGGCGUGA